GGGACGCGAAGACGGCGCAGAGGCAGCGGGAGGAAGCCGACCUGUGGAGGCUGGACCCGGAGCUGCCAGCUGGGCUUCGCACGGACUCAGACCGGGGGCAGAGCAGCGGGUCGUUGGAGUUCGUGUGUCCGGUGCUGCAGCCGCAGACGGGCCGCCGUGUGAUGAAGACCCGGAGCCUGUGAACCGGAAGACGCUGCGCAAACCGUGAUGGAUGCAGAGAGCGGGGAGCUGUUUCUCGGCGGCGUGGCGGCGGCGGACAGCUGGACGCAGCUCGACGCUCCGUUCUCCUGCUCUGAACUGGUUUUCAGCAGCUCAGAGAAACCCCUGCAAGACUGGGCGGUGGACCCCGACUGUACGCUUAACGACAGCGAAUCAGAGGACGUCCUCCACGGUGUCGACCCAAACGAGGUGUUUCCCAGCGGACCGCCCGCGGACCCGUCCUCUGAGAGCGACAGCGGCAUCUCUGAGGAUCCUGUCGUCGAGAGCCCUGUCACCACGGUGACCCCGGUGACCCCAGUGACCCCGGCGACCGUCUACCAGGUGGUUUACGACAUCAGCACGCUGGGAGGCGCGAAGGCUGAGCCCGGACAGGAGAACGUCAUCUCCAUAGAGCUGGAUGAGUGGAGCUCCCAGGUGUUGUUUUCGGACUCGUGCAUCGUGAACGAGCUGCCGGUGGUUCCUGCGGCUCGCCUCGACGCCGGUCUGCCUGUCGUGGAUCCUCCCAGCCCCGACGGCGGCCUGCUGUACCCGGAGCUUCAGCUGACUGAGGAGGAGCAGAAGCUGCUGAGCCAAGAAGGAGUUUCUCUGCCCAACAACCUUCCUCUCACCAAGGCAGAGGAACGAAUCCUGAAGAAAGUUCGGAGGAAAAUCCGCAACAAGCAGUCUGCUCAGGACAGCCGCCGCAGGAGGAAGGAGUACAUCGACGGGCUGGAGAGCAGGGCAGCAGCUUGUUCAGCACAGAACAAGGAGCUGCAGAGGACAGUGGAACAGCUGGAGAAACACAACAUGUCUCUGCUGGCUCAGCUGCGUCAGCUUCAGUCUCUGAUCAAACAGACGGUCAGCAAAGGAGCCCAGACCAGCACCUGCUUACUGAUCAUCCUGGUCUCCCUGGGUCUGAUCAUCAUGCCGAGUUUCAGUCCGUUCAGACGCAGCUCGUCUACAGACGACGACUACAGACCCACAGGAGUUAUUUCCAGAAACAUCCUGACCGACCCCUCCUCCUCACAGCCAGCAGCAGAUGAGGUCGACGGUCCGGUCGUUCAGUCCGACUCCUCAUCGCCGCCCUCUGAUCUCAGCCAAUCAGGAGCCGCAGAGGACGCUGCUGUCCCCCAAGAGCCAAUAGAAACCCCUGAAAACGCAGGCGUCGAUGGCACGGCCCAGGAGAGGAGCCCGGCGGGGAACAGCUCAGCUCUCGUUGCCGGGGAGACUGACCCUCCGGCCCUCGGUCUGAGGUCAGCGGCCGGAAAAGGAAGCCACGAUCCGGCUAAACCCGCACACGCCGACGAGAUGUAGACACUGUUUCACCCGCGCUUUCGACCACAGGAACUGGACUUCGGGUUCGGUGUCACACUCAUCGAGAUGGUGUCAGGACACAGUGGGUGCUGAAGGCGACCCUGUUAGGUUUCAGAUGAGAUGUAAAUAAUCAACCAGCAAGGGACGCUCUGAUUGGUCAGUGCUGAUUUAUAUCAGCUGAUAUCUGAUCGAUGGUGGUGGAUCAUUAAACAUGAGACAAACAUGGCUGCCCGUGUUCUUUUGGUUCUCAGAGACAAGCCGUCCUCAUUGUCCCACAUCAUCUCUAAUUUUCAGGAGUAGUUCUGACAGUGUCCAGUUUCCCAGCAUGCUUUGUGCCUUUAAACUGGACGUUUCAGAUUUAUGCUUCAGCUCAAACAGAAGAUCCACGUGUUUCUCUCUCUGGGAAAACACUGAAAGGAAGCAAACAUUAGGACUUCAUCCAUAUUCACCUGCUUCUUCAGCAACUCGCCCCCAAACUGAAUCAUCUCAGAGCUUGUAUCUAUGCAACAAACCUUCAUGAGAGCUGAACAACCUGUUGGAUCC